AUGCGAGGUAAGGCCUCAGCUGAAUUUCUUUUUGACGCAGAACCAGAACGAUCGUUGCGAGCACGAAUCAGAAAAGCCCGACACGACAGACUAGAAGUGACAGAAGAACCGCUGAUAGUUUCUGAUUCUGAGAAAGAGGGAACCGUUUCAAUUCAUUCGGAACACUCUGAUUCUGGAAAUUCUGAUACCGAACCUGAAACUAUGGCAGCUGACCCACCUCCUGCGGAGAGACUAUUAGGUGAUUACGGGGGAGCUAAUGCCCCGCCUGGAAGGAUGACAAUCGUGAAUCAACCAGUCAAUGUUGCCCACUUUCAACUUCAUCCCUCAACGAUACGACAACUAGAAAGGAGACCUUUCUCAGGAAAAAUUAACGAAGAUGCCAACAAGCAUUUGCAAAGGUUUCUGACUAUGACUACGUCGUUAAAGAUUGAGGGGCAUUCUGAGGAAGCUAAGAAGCUGGUCAUGUUUCCGUUUACAUUGUCAGAAGAUGCUGAAGAGUGGUUCUACUCUUUACCUGCUGGAAGCAUCACAACUUGGCAACAGAUGGAGACAACUUUUCUCAACGAGUACUUUCCGGCCUCUGUGUACAUCCGAAAGAGGUACGACAUAGUGAAUUUUAAACAGAAGGAAGGAGAGUCACUUGGAGAUGCGUAUAAAAGGUUUAAACGAUUGUUGAAUUUUGUAAAUGGUCUUCGGAUGAAGACUAAGCAACUCAUUGACACAGCAGCUGGUGGCUCAACCAACUUUACAACGGCCACUGGUAUUAAAAAGAUUAUCGAAGCCAUUGCAGCCAAUGAGCACCUAGAGUUGUAUGACCGCAGUGUGAGUCAACCCGAAGGGAUAAUUGACCUGAAAUUGGCAAGUCAAGUGGUGAAGAUGGAAGAUCAAGUAGCAGCUGAAGUAGAAAGAAGACUGAAGAAGAUGGCUAUCGAUACUCAAACUGUGGCACAAGUUCAACCGGUUCAACCAACGCAAGCUAGUAAUUGUGAAAUUUGUGGAGGACCUCAUCUUACUGCACAUUGCGUUGCAACCGCACAACAAAUUGAGGAGAUUAAGUUUCUAAGGCAGAACAACCCUUAUUCGAAUACAUACAAUCCGGGUUGGAAAAACCAUCCAAAUUUCUCAUGGAAGGAUCAACAAGGACAUGUGCAGAACCAACCACAGCAACAACAGUUUCGACCUCAGCAACAACAACCAUAUCAACAACAGUUUCAGCAACAGGUACCAAGAAAAGCUGAUUGGGAGCUUGCCAUUGAAAAGAUGGCCGCUCAAAGCUCUCAAUUUCAAGAAGAGACUCGAAGUAAUUUAAAAAACACAGGUGCUUCAAUUAAGAAUCUUGAAAUACAGAUGAGUCAGAUAGCCCAACAACUAGCGGGUUCUCAACAACAAGGCGUGUUACCGAGUUCUACGAUUACUAAUCCAAGAGAAAAUAAUCAUGUGAAUGCGGUGACCACAAGAAAUGGUAAGUCGAAAGAAGUACCUGAAAAGAGUUCUGAAGAAGAAGACUUAUUGCUUGAAGUUGAUCUAGAGAUAAAAGAAAAUGAGGUCGCGAACGAAGAGGUCACUAGUGAUGAAAGAGUGGGUAUGAAGGUUCCGGUGAAGAAGAAGGAUCGAGGUUCUGUAACUAUUCCUUGUACCAUUGGAGAUAGAUCCUUCAAGAAAGCUCUAAUUGAUUUGGGAGCGAGUGUAAGCCUUAUGCCGCUGUCCAUUUAUAAGAGGUUGGGGAUAGGAAAAAUUCAAGAUACAAGAAUGACACUCCAGUUUGCUGACCACUCUGUGAAGAGACCUUAUGGGAUAGUAGAAGAUGUGCUAAUGCCGGAAGAUGAAGAGAUACCAAUCAUUUUGGGGAGACCAUUUUUAGAGACCGGGAGAUGUUUGAUCGACAUAGAAGAAGGAACGAUGACUUUGAAAGUGUAUGAUGAAGAGUUAAAAAUUGAUGUGCGAAACACCAUGAAGUACAAGGAUGAUGUUGCCACUAGUCAACAUAUUGAGAUAAUUGAUCAAAUAUGUGAGAAGAAAAAUUGCUUGACAACACAAAAAUUACCUUUGGAAAGAGUGUUGAGUUUAUCAAUUUUUAACGAAGAGGAAAUAGUUGACGAGAAGGAUAUGGAAGUAGUAGCCAUGAUGGAAACAUCACCACCUUUCAAAGGUUAUCGACACAACCGGUGGGAAGAUUUACGGCAGCCCUUAGUGGAAGAAAAGAAAGAUGAACAAAAGAAGGGGACCGAAUUGAAACAACUCCCGGAAAGCCUCAAAUAUGUCUUCCUAGACACAUAG